CCCGGGACAGUGGCAGCACAAAGUGACAGGAUUCUAGAAAAACUGACCAGUGGUGUCUAUUUUGUUCCUUAAAAACUCCUUAAAUUGAUUUACUCGAAGGAUCUGCACAAGUGACACUCACAAACCUUGCCUUUUUUCAAGUUAUUUCUUUUUUCUGGAAUUUCUUCCAUCACCAUCAGUGCGCGCCUUGGUGCGCCGGACCGACCCACACAGACGUCUCUUUUGCGUCGCGGCAUGUGGAUUACUUUGGCACUGAUCCUGGCAGCAGCCCUGGGUCCCGGGGGGGUCCGGGGGUGUCAGCUGCCCCACGACUGGAGACCGCAGACAGAAGCGUGCCGCGCGGAGCUGGCGGAGAUCAUAGUCUUUGCCAAGGUGUUGGCACUGCACAAGGAGUCGUACAGCGUGUACAACUACCUGCCCUGGCAGCACGACUCCGACCUGCUGUUCUCGGCAGAGAUCGAGCUGCUGUGCGACCAGGCGUGGGGCAGCAUGCUGGAGGUCCCAGCCGGCUCCAGGUUCAACGUCAGCGGGCUGGGUUACCUGCCGUGUUUCUCCUACAGCGUCACCAAAAACAACAACUACUACUUCUUUUUGAGAAUGGAUGAGAACUAUAAUAUUGUCCCACACGGAGUGAACUUCCAGGACGCCAUCUUCCUUGACACCCCAGAGAACCAUCGCACGUUUGCGAGCCUUUUCCAGUUUUCUAACUGCACACCUGAAACUCCAGUCCACAGCUUUAGCCCAGAGUGGGAGGCUCAGGAGGACAGCCGGUUGCUGUGCUCCACUGUGCAGAAAGCUCUGUUUGAAGAGGAAGAGAGGGUAAGGACUCUCUCCCAGAAAGUGCGUACCUUGGAGAAAGCCAAUGGCCACCUGAGGGAAAAGGUAAAGACACUGAAGCGCCUGCUCCGCCAGGCCCAGCGGGAAACAACAAAAGACCAACACAUCCUCAGCCUCAAGCAGCUCUUCGAUUCAAAGACCCCCCAAACUCACCCUGAUCAGGACACCACACAAGACCAAAAGAGCCAGCCACUCAGAAAGGUCAUGACCAAGAAGUUCAAAAACUAACUCUUUUUUUGUAUCUGUUAGUGUAAUCCAACAUUUUCUCCCAAUGAUGCAACAAAAUAAAAGGAUAAAGAGCAAAGUCAGGUGAGAAAAAAGCAACAGCAGCUAAUGAUUCAGUUCAAAUUAAGAUGGAUAUGAAUAUGUUAUUACAUCAUCCUUCUGCCUAAAUGUAGGAAUAUCUAUUCUGAUUUAUUGUUCUUUUUUAAGUGCUGGACACAACAUUUGGAUGUCACUUUGCUUUAUGAUGAAGGUUAAAAUAAAGAUUUUGUGUUUUUAAGGGCAAUAGGUCUCCUAUAUUUUAAGAUAAUGCCGUUUUUAAUACCACCCUUUGCAGCCCUAGGCUUUGAGGAACUUCUCCUGACUUUUAACUAAUUCAUUUAAAGAGUCAGCAACAGCAAUUUAAACGCUCUUAACGUAGUACCAAAACAUGGCCUACUUUUUCUUUUUAGCAAAAAGAAAAUACCUAUUUGCAAAGUGACUGCAUGAGGUAGAUUAAGCUUGGAUUCUUUUUCUCUCAAGACUUUCAGAGUUGUCAUUUUUUUUAUGUGAUUUGAGCUCAAUCAAAAUGUCUUUGUGUUUAAGUAUAAGGUGCUGAGCACCUAUUGUGUCCAGCCAGAGAAGCUGGUGUGCUACGGGAUUGGCUUUUUCUGUGUCAGAAAAGAACAGUUCUCUUUUUAUGCACUCUGUACAUGCUUUUGUUAUCAUUCUGCAUUUCCUAAACUAUAAACGUGUUGCUUUGCCAAUAGCAUAAUCAUUUACCAUGAUUUACUCAAUAAAUUAACUUUUUCUAAGUGUUUUAUUUUAUGAUGGUAAGAAUUGAUUACAUUUCACACACUAAUGGCCUGUCUGUUUUGAUAACGGCCCCAUAAGUUUAACAGUUCACAGCACAUAUCUGCUGACGAAGCAAACAUUGCAUCGAUCAAACUGCUAUAUGAUCACAUUCAUGUUUAUAAGAUUACGAGCUCUUCCCUCACUGAGUGGAAGAGCUGCUCACUGAGCAAUAGGGAAGGGUUUUAUAAUGUAAUGUCUGUUUCUGGUCCACACCACAGCUGAGAAUGAUUUAAUAUUCCAAAAUCUGCUACACUGAUAUUUUAAGAUGAAUGUGUCUGGAAAUAUGUCUUUUCAAAGAGCGGAACAAAGGGACCACUGAGAGAGAUGUAAUGCACUGUCAAUUCAGCCGAGAGUUUCAGACCUCUGUUGUAAUGGUUCUUGCUUCACGUGUAUUCAAGUCAGGCAUGAUAAAUGUUAUCUGGCAGGCACAGAAUGUUUAGUGUGAUUUGGUGCUAAUAAAUCAGAAGUUUCCUUAAAAAAAGGGUGCAUUGUCAGGUUAACAUUAAUAAUAAAAGUAAAUUAGCCCAACUUUGACCUUUUCUGCUUGAGCUGUAGUCCAAUUUAGAUCUAGCCCUCUUUCAGAAAGAAAACAAGACUGUUUCACAUGCAAAUCAUUCUGGCGGAUGAAAUGUUCAAUACACUUUCCAGGAGAGAUGAACUAAAUUUCUUCCAUAUGUCGGUAUUGUUUAAACUGAGAGUGACAGGCUGGGGGGUUUUUUUAUGGAGAGAAACUAAAAAGGAAAAAAAAGAAGCCGAUUUCGAGCAUGUUUAAUAACUGGGGCUUUCUUGAAAUAAAGCAGGACACAAGUGGGAAUUUACAAGCAUUUCUUUUUUCUUGUGCAUUGUUCAAAGUCCUGUGUUAAGGAAAAAAAAAGUGUGGC